AUGGCUCCGUUCGGGCUGCGGCGCCAUAGAACUUCUCCCCGCAGCUUCACACCCGUGGCGUCAGCCGAGAAAGCAAAAGUGGAUAAUGAAGAUAGAGACGACACUGUCCACCCUGACCACGACGUUCCGGGCGUGCGGUGUACGACUAGUAGCAGACUCGGCGGUUCAUGGAGCUGCACUUGCGCUUGCGCUUCACGAUCCACUCUCCAUGUAAGUUUCGCUGGCUGCUGGCGGCUAUCAUCGUGUCGCUUUACAUAUACGUGGCUCGUGGCGGUGGCCAAGGCCGGCUGCGGCGUCGCGGGAGGCUGGUUGAGAUUUACGCGACGGUGGUGGAGAAGAGAGCGGUCGGAUUGCAGCGACAACGGCUACUGGACAGCUACGACGCCAGGGAAUGUGACCCCGACUCGAGAGCACAAGGUACCGGAGGCUGUCCCGGAGAGACAACCAGCCACAUCUGCUGUGAUGCCGGCUGGUGAUACUCUGUGUCGACAUUGGGGUCGUGGGUAUCGUGACAAGGCGGUGGCGGUGCUUGUCCUGUUGGUGGGCAUUGGAUGGAUUCUCGUCGGCAGUGUCAGAAAGUCUGCCGUUUGUACGAGGGUUCCGUCUGACGAAGGACAGGCUGAGUGUAGAUGGGUAGAUCGGUGGAUGGGUGUCGAUGUUGCAGAGCAUCAGAGUUUACCUCGCUGCUACGGAGAUGGCGCCGAGGAGAAAGCCAUAGCAACGACCUUGCUGAUGUUCUUCUGGACGCGCACAGCCGAUGGCCUGUCGUGUCGCGUCUUGUGCCCGACGGACAGCACUGUCAGUGGAACCAUGUGA